GCCCCCCCGGUCAUUGACGGCCCCGAGGGGCUGGGCCAGGAUCGGGCCCCGGGCACACAGCAGGAGCCCGCCCGGCGGUGGGGAGCCGGGCUCUGGGCCGGUGUCCGCGCCCAGCACCUGGGCACCCUGCGGCCGAGCCCGGCUCCCCCCGUGCAGAGGCUCGGCGAGGGGCAGCUCCCGGGAGCCCUGGCCAGGCAGAUCCGGGCUUAGCGCAGCCGGGCCCUGGGAUGCGGGGGGCUUAUGCUAAUCAGCCUGGCAAAGGCAGUGAUGGCAUUAGAGCCGGGCAGGGCAGUCGCUGCCCACACACCCCAGCUGCAGCCUCUCCUGGGCGCUGGCUGGGAAGAGCUGGGCUGUGAGUCUGCCGGGGCUGGCCUGGGACUUGCGGGGGUGCCUGUGGGAGACCACCCCUCUCCCGGGCCAAAGCCCAGGAGCCUCUGGAGAUGUCGCAGGUGGGGAAGGAGGAAGCAGAGGAGAGCCAGCGUGCCAGCCAGCGAGCAGCAGCGAGCCACGCAGCCCAGGAGCUGGCGGGGAGCCCUUGUCUGGGGAGGGUGGUCAAGUUCCUUUUGCCCCAUACUACAGUUGAGGCCCCCCUGCCCCAGGAGGAGGAGCAACAAUUCUACCAGGGGCUGGAGCGCCUGCUGGGGCCAAAGCUAGGCCGCUUCGGGGAGCUGUUCGCGGCCGCUGGCUGGGCAGAUGUCACAGAGGACAGAUUCCUGAGGAAGUUGUUGGUGAGAGAAGGCCAAGGAGAGGCCAGCAGACCCCAGCCAGGCCAGGAGGUGACUGUGAAGCUGCUGGGAGUCCUGGAGGAUGGAAGCCUGGUGGAGAAGGACCCGAAGCUGACUUUCAUCCUGGACCAGGGGGACGUCAUACAGGCUCUGGAGCUCGGUGUCCAGUCCAUGCAGCUAGGAGAGGUGUCCUUCCUGCUCACCAGCUUCCUGUAUGCUUACGGUCACCUGGGCAGGGACCCUGAUAUCCCAUCGGAUGCCUCAUUACUGUAUGAGGUGACCCUGCUGCAGAUCCAGGACAGCCCCGAUCUGGGGCUCCUGCCACCCUCUGCACGAAUCGGCCUCAGCAAGCGGAAGAGGGAGCGAGGGAACUUCCACUUUGAGCGGGAGGAGUACCAGCGGGCCAUGCGAUCCUACCAGCUGGCCCUGAGCAUCCUGGACUCACCUGGUGCAGUCCCUCCAAGCCCCGAGGAGGAAGAGGAGCUGCAAGAGCAUCAAGUGAAAUGUCUUAAUAACUGUGCGGCCACCCAGCUGAAGCUGCAGCUGUUUGAGGAGGCGUUGGCAUCAUGCACUGCAGUGCUGCACAUCGACCCCGACAACGUGAAGGCUCUCUACAGGAAAGGCAAGCUGCUGUCAGAACGAGGAGAGGACCAGGAAGCCAUGAAUACCCUAAAGAGAGCCCUCCAGCUAGAGCCCACCACAAAGGCAAUCCACGCUGAGCUCUCAAAGCUAGCGAAGCGUCAGAAAGGGCAGCCGGAACGCCCUGCCCCCACAGGCGUGGACGGCCUGGUGCAACCAGCAGCACGCCAGAGCGCAUGGGUCACCCCCUGGAAGCUGCUUUUUGGUGCUGUGGCCGUGGCUCUGGGCAGCACAGUGACCUCCAUCUUCCUGACAACACGGAGCUGAGACUAGCCAAGGACACCAGGGAUGCAGGGGGUUUACAGCCCCUCCCACAGCAAAGGGGGGGGGGCAGGGAGGUGCCAUCCCAUCAACUCCUCCUGUGCGAGUCCUGGGGUGUCCAGCACAGGAUGCAGGCCACAUUCCCAGUGAAGCCAGGAUCACCAGCUGACAGGACUUUAGCAGUGACCUGUGUGUCUGUAAAUAAACGUGUCUGUUGUCUAGCCAG